AUGGCUCAUAAUAAACUGAUUGCAAUGCAAGGCUUAGAUGACUUUUUUAAGGCAUGCAAGAUAAGUACAAUUAGCAAGGACAUUAGAAGGAUUGAAGAGUUAUUGAAAGAUGACAACAAUUGGGUUGUCAUUGUAGAUGAAAUCAACACCUACAAGGCUUUGGAAGGUCAAAGAAACAAUUUUCUUCAAGUUGAGGAAGUUAUUUGGAUGCAAUGGAGUAGGGAACAUUGGCUACAUCAUAGCGACAAGAACACAAAGUUUUUUCACGGGAAGGCUGAUCAAAGAACGAAAACAAAUGCAAUAAGGAAACUUAAAUAUGACAAUGAAUGUUGGUGGAAAGGCGACGGACAUUGUGAAAGGAUACUGCUUUCAAUUUACCCUAGAGGGAGUGAUUUUACAGAAACAUUAUUUCCAAAAUCUUUGAAUUUGCCAGCACUGGCUAGUUUAGAUCUAACAAAUUUUGCCUUUUGUGGUGGUAAAUAUGGUCGUGUUGAGCCUUUUUUGGCCUUUACCAAGUUGAAGAGUUUGGUUAUUCGUAGUUGUAUGCUAAUAGAUGCACAAAUCCUCAGCAUAUCAAGCGAGACACUUGUCAAUUUAGCUAUGCAUGAUAAUUCACCUCUCAUUGCUAGAAUAGAGCUAUUUGUUCCAAGUCUUUGUACCUUUAAUUAUACCGGUGACCUCCAUACUCACAAAAUAUGUGGGAGCGGACUUUCUUCUGUUAAACAAGUAAAUAUCAAUUCACGAUGA